GAAUGAUAAAGUGUCUAAUCCAUUGGAAUCGUCCCUAUUUCCUUUUCUAAACAUCACCAUCUCACUUGUCCCAUCUCGCUGCAAAGAACAUAAUUCAAGAGAGAUUUCGAACCCUUAAGAGCUCAAUACGAAGCACCACACUCAGCCACAGACCAGUAUCUUUCAUCCAUCCUUUUUUUCGACAGAACACGAAACAAUGGCACCAAUCAAAUUAUCACCACCGCCUAAAGGAGUAUGGAAAGAUAUCCGUCCCUUGAUGGCACCUCUUAUAAUACCAGCAGUCCCAGAGCAAAAGAAACGCUCUAGGAGACCUCGCAAACGUAGAAAGGGUAAAACUUUAAUCACAAGGGCAGUCGACCAACUCACUGCCAUUCUCAAGAAACCACAGUCGACGAACAUUGAAAAAGCCGAGGCCUGUUUCAAAGUCAUGCACGCAAAGAUGAAAGCUUACGAACAAGAACGAGAGGGCAGGGGAAAAUGGAACGCCGCUGCUGCAAGGUUACUCGAAGGCCGACUUGGCAAGACCUACCAUGAGGACAGAAUGAAUGAGUAUCUUGAAGCUGCCGAAGAAGAUUGUAAGUGGGCGUACGAUAUCUACUAUGGAGUUCCUCAGCAAACAGAAUUCACUCCGACGCAAUAUUUGAAGGAAGAGGAAUACUGGAAUCAAUAUCCUGAAGGCAGAUUGGAUGCAUUUAUUGUUCACAUGCAUGGUAUGCCAGCUGGUUUUUCCAGAUUUACAUUAGAAGAUGGAACUCCAAUCAAGAUUGAAAUUGCAGGGGGUUUUCAUUUAAUUGACGAAGGGGGGAAUCAGCUAUAGCGCGGUGGUCACCAAGGGUCACUCUUCUGCAUCUGAUAAAAAUAUUUUCUUGUAUAUACUAGUACCA